AGGGUCCCACCUGGACCACAGGGGGUGGCCCCUGGUGUCUGCAAGGACAGACCCUGUGGGCCAGCAGAAUGUGGGGUGGUUCUCUGGGAAGACAUCAGAGCGAAGAAGGCUGCUCACUCUCCUUGGGGGUCUCUGUGGGCCUCAGAGGUAGGGUGAGCGAGCACGUGGGGUCACUGGGGGACAGACCUGCCUACCCGAUGUGAAGCGUCAUCCCCCUUGGGCUGGCACCUGAAUCCUCCUGGGGCAGGGGCUCCACACCUUGCCCUCCAACACCCCCAGGUUGUUGAUAGUCUGACUGUCUGGGGCAUGCACUCCUGCUCACAUUCCUGCUCUGGGGAGGGGAAAGAUUUGUCAAGGACAGUCUGACAAAUGGGUCACAGGCCACACACACUGUAUCACUGCUCAGGAGAUAGGCAGGCAGGUUGGAACAGAGGGGGCUUUGAGAAGGCCACAGGCCUCCCAGGCUCGCAGCAGGCACCAGCCUUCAAGGUCAUGUCCCAGGAGGAGAUAGGGACUGCCCUGUACCACAAACAGCCCUGCUCCCCUUAUAAAGUAGGGCAGCGCAGCCCCUGGAAGCUCCCAGGAUGCCCGGUCCAUCUCUCUCUCUGGCCCUGGUGCUGUCGGCCAUGGGGGCUCUGCUGAGGCCAGGGACCCCCAGGGAAGAGGUCUCCAGUACCUCAGCCUCGCCCAGGGAGCAGGCCACAGGCAGCGGGACACUCAUCUUUCAGCAAGACUGGGACUGGCCACUCCCCAGUCUCUGGCUGCCAGGCAGCCCUCAGGACCCCCUGUGCCUGGUGACCCUGCAUGGGAGUGGCAACGGGAGCAGGGCCCCCCUGCGGGUGGUGGGGUCCCUGAGCGGCUAUGAGCAGGCCUUCCUGGAGGCUGUGCGGCGCACCCACUGGGGCCUGAGUGACUUGACCACCUUCGCUGUGUGCCCCGCUGGCGAUGGGCAGCCUGUGCUGCCCCACCUGCAGCGGCUGCAGGCAUGGCUGGGAGAGCCCGGGGGUCAGUGGCUGGUGGUCCUGCACCUGGAGGAAGUGACGUGGGAGCCGACACCCUUGCUGAGGUUCCAGGAGCCUCCACCUGGAGGAGCCAGCCCCCCAGAGCUGGCGCUGCUGGUGUUGUACCCAGGGCCUGGCCUGGAGGUCACUGUCACCGGGGCUGGGCUACCUGGCACCCAGAGCCUCUGCCUGACCGCAGACUCGGACUUCCUGGCCUUGGUCGUGGACCCUCCGGAGGGGGCCUGGCGCCGGCCUGGGCUAGCCCUGACCCUGCAGCGCCGUGGAAAUGGUGAGCCCCUGAGCACCGCCCAGCUGCAGGCGCUGCUGUUCGGUGCGGACUCCCGCUGCUUCACACGAAAGACCCCGGCCCUGUUGCUCUUGCUGCCGGCGCGGUCGUCGGCACCGAUGCCCGCGCACGGUCGGCUGGACUUGGUGCCCUUCCCACAGCCCAGGUGCGCGCAGGCUCGGACCUGGGGAUGCGGGGAGUGUGGACGCCGCAGCCUUGCGCCCUCCCGACCCCCGACUCUGCUGUCCAGGCCUUCCCCAGAGCCAGAGGAGGCACCGCCCAGCGCCGAUCCCUUCCUGGAGACUCUCACGCGCCUGGUGCGCGCCCUGCGGGGACCCCCGGCCCGAAGCUCACCACCGCGACUGGCCUUGGACCCCGGCGCACUGGCUGGUUUCCCGCAGGGCCAGGUCAACCUGUCGGACCCUACGGCCCUGGAGCGCCUGCUGGACGGCGAGGAGCCGCUGCUGCUGCUGCUGCCGCCGACGGCAGCCACCACCGGGGUCCCCGCAACGCCGCAAGGUCCCAAGUCCCCUCUGUGGGCCGCGGGACUAGCGCGCCGGGUGGCUGCCGAGCUUCAGGCAGCAGCUGCCGAGCUGCGCGCCCUCCCGGGGCUGCCUCCCGCCGCCCCUCCGCUGCUGGCGCGCCUGCUGGCACUGUGCCCGGGAAACCCAGAUGGCCCCGGCGGCCCGCUGCGCGCUCUGCUGCUACUCAAAGCGCUGCAGGGCCUGCGCGCUGAGUGGCGCGGGCGGGAGCGGAGCGGCUCUGCACGGGCGCAGCGCAGCACCGGAGCCGCGGCUGCAGACGGGCCGUGCGCUCUGCGUGAGCUGAGCGUAGACCUGCGGGCCGAGCGCUCGGUGCUCAUCCCCGAGACAUACCAGGCCAACAACUGCCAGGGCGCCUGCGGCUGGCCUCAGUCGGACCGCAACCCACGCUACGGCAACCACGUGGUGCUGCUGCUGAAGAUGCAGGCCCGCGGCGCCGCCCUGGCGCGCCCGCCCUGCUGUGUGCCCACAGCCUACACAGGCAAGCUCCUCAUCAGCCUGUCCGAGGAGCGCAUCAGUGCGCACCACGUCCCGAACAUGGUGGCCACCGAGUGCGGCUGCCGGUGACCUCCCGCUGUACUCCUUGUGCUGCCCAGGCCCGUAUUUAUUCGGACCCCGUCAUCGCCCCAAUAAAGACGGGAAGGCACGCGGUUGGGGUGUUUGUGCAUGU